GAUCCGAGACUUUCAUUCAUUACUAUCUUUUUUUCUCUUCUGGUUGCUGAGUUUUUUCCAAUUUCCCAAUGGGCGACAAACCCUAAUCCUCUUCAGCUUUAGUUUUUGCCUCAGAAGAUUCAUCUGCCCAUUCAACCUCUAUAAUGGGGCGCAGUGACUCUAGAUCACCUGCCAGGGGGCGUGGAUCUCCUCGCAGGAGGAGCCCUUCACGCAGGGAGAGGUCACCUGCUCAUAAAAGGAGUUCACAUGCUGCAAGUUCAGCUGUAGCAGAGAAGCGUUCAAGACGUGCAAGGUCAAGAUCUCCUGUUCCUCUUUCACCUGCUCGAGAGAGGCCUUCUAGUCGCAAUAAAUCCCCAAAGCGCCGAAAAUCAAUCUCCCCUGCAUCUCGCUCCCCAAUCAAAGAGAAACCUUCAAGUCGCAUGAAGUCCCCCAAACGAGCUAGGUCAAGGUCUCCGGAUUCAAAGCUGUUACAGGGAGAGAAGUCUUCAGGCCGAGCCAGGUCUCCUAGACGUGCCAAGUUGCAGUCUCCUGAACCUCGCUCACCCUCACCACGAACAAAAAGACUGAGGAGAGCAGAACGAGAGGCCGAAGAAAAAUCAAGGGAGCGGGAGCCUGCGAAGAAUCAUGGAAGGUCUAGUGAUAGGGAUACACAUAGGGAAACAGAUUCUGACAGAAUGUUGCGUGAAUCUCGCUCACCAUCACCGCGAACAAAAAGUCUAAGAAGAGCAGAACGAGAAGCUGAAGAAAAGUCAAGGGAACGGGAGCCUGAAAAAAAUCAUAAGAGAGCUAGUGAUAGGGCUACACAUAGAGAAAAGGAUUCGGACAGAAUGUUGCCUGAAUCUCGCUCUCCCUCACCACGAACAAAGAGACUAAGGAGAGCAGAACGAGAAGCUGAAGAGAAGCCGACGGAGCGGGAGCCUGAGAAAAAUCAUGGGAGAGCUAGUGAUAGGGAGACACAUAGGGAAAAGGAUUCUGACAGAGUGAUGCAAAGCGAAAGGAGAGAGAGAAAAUCAGGAAAGGACUCAAUAGAUAAUGGAUCUUAUAAGUCAAGAAAUGGACGAUCAGCUUCACCUUCAGAACGGCAGCAUAGAAGUCGGCACAGAUCGAGAUCACCUGCAGCAGCCGAUAGUAGAGCACAUGCUGAGGCAACAAACUCAAGGAGAGGUGAACACAGGAAUGGUGAAGAUGACUCCUUAUCUAAAAUGAAGGAAGCUGAGGAGGCCUUGGAAGCUAAAAAUAAAGAUAAGCCUUCGUUUGAGCUCUCUGGAAAGCUAGCAGCUGAAACUAAUCGAGUAAGAGGUAUAACACUUCUCUUCAAUGAGCCACCAGAUGCUAGAAAACCCGACAUAAGAUGGCGCUUGUAUGUUUUUAAGGGUGGUGAAGUCCUUAAUGAGCCUCUAUAUGUUCAUCGCCAAAGUUGUUAUCUUUUUGGGAGAGAAAGGAGGGUUGCAGACAUUCCCACGGAUCACCCAUCUUGCAGCAAGCAACAUGCUGUCCUCCAGUACAGGCAAGUUGAGAAGGACAAUCCUGAUGGUACUUCAUUGAAGCAAGUAAGGCCAUAUGUAAUGGAUCUUGGAAGCACUAAUGGUACUUUCAUUAACGAAAACCGGAUUGAGCCUGAGAGAUACUAUGAGCUAUUUGAAAAGGAUACCCUUAAGUUUGGUAAUAGUAGCCGAGAGUAUGUGCUACUUCAUGAGAAUUCAGCAUGAUGAAAGUCGCUAAGAUGCUUGAUGGAGGUGAUAUUUGUAUCAACUGGCUCGACGUUGAACGCUCUUAUUCAGAAGAUCAAAUAUUUGUUAUGCCAAGUUUACCAGCACGAUAGCCAUUGCAAGUGCUCAGCUGAAAUCGUGUAAUGUUUGGCCAUUGCUUACAAAGUUUUUCAGUGCUAAUGGAAAUUUUGGUUUCUUUAGUCUCCAUGAUUCUGGAUGGUUUGUUUAUAGGCUCUUAGUUCCCUUAUUAAUAGGAUUAUGUAAAAUUGUUGAUUAGGUGAUAACUAGUGUAUGUGCACUCACAUUUCUCUCAAGUAAUGAGCAUUUCUCUGUUUUCUAUCA